AUUUUUGUCCAAAAAGAAAAGAGUUGGUAGGUACUUCGCGGUCCUCGGUCUCGAAGAUUGGUGUAACCGUGUAGGUGUAUCUCUGUGAUUGAAUGGCCACGUCAGCAGCUGCCAUGGACGGAGCCGCUGCGGCAUCCUUGAGGUCGGUGGUGCAGCGCGUCCACCAGGCCGCCGAGCGAUCAGCCCGGACGCCACAACAGGUCCGUAUAGUCGCCGUCAGCAAGACCAAGCCCGUCUCCGUCAUCCGCGAGGUCUACGAUUCCGGCCACCGCUGCUUCGGCGAGAACUACGUUCAAGAACUCGUCGAGAAAGCUCCUCAGCUUCCAGAAGAUAUUGAGUGGCAUUUCAUCGGAAAUUUGCAGAGCAAUAAGGCGAAGCUUCUUGUCAAUUCUGUUCCCAACCUUGAAUAUGUAGAAACUGUAGAUGAUGAGAAGAUAGCAAAUUGUCUUGAUAAUGCUGUAGCAAACUUAGGCAGGAAACCAUUGAAGGUUUUCGUCCAAGUGAAUACAAGCGGAGAAACAUCUAAAUUUGGUGUUGACCCUGCUGAGUGUGUGGACCUUGUGAAAUAUGUUAAGGACCGUCAAUGCCUUGAGUUUUGUGGCCUAAUGACAAUUGGUAUGCCGGAUUAUACAUCUACCCCGGAAAAUUUUAAGACGUUAUGGAAUUGUAGAAGUGAAGUUUGCAAAGCAAUUGGAAUACCAGAAGAUCAAUGUGAACUAUCAAUGGGCAUGUCUGCAGACUUUGAGCAAGCUAUUGAGAUGGGAAGUACAAAUGUGAGGAUUGGAUCUACUAUAUUUGGCGCCAGAGAGUACCCAAAGAAACAAAAGUAGUAGUAGCUCUCAUUGUUCGGAGAAAUUUUGAGGAUCUCGCAGUUUUACUGUUAGUUAAGAUGCCUCAGAGCAGCAUGGACAAAUAAUUUAAACUGAAAAUAGAUAUAUUGAUGACCAUGAUCUUAGUAGUGAAGAGUCGAAGACGAUCGGUAAAAACUGUAUUCGGAGUAAUCUUCAAGAUUUGCGAUACAUAAACUCUGGCUUUAUAGUCAAAUAACAAAUGCACAACCACCUAUUCAACUGAA